UGUUCGGUAUCAGUAUCAGUGUCAGUACGUUUAGUAAUUCUGCCUAAAGCAGUUGAAAAUCAAAGUGUUUAAUAACCCAGUGCUUUUUUUUUGGAAAAUACUUACCUUGCGCUUUGCAAUGAACCAUCCAUUCGGGCCGAACGGUCCCUACUUCAGGCGUCCCUGCCAGCGGGACCGCUUCCCCAGCCUCGUCGACGAGGUGGGCGCUCUGGGUGACAGCCUGGUAUCUGGGUUGGGCUGCCUUCCGGACAUGGGCGCCCGCUUAAAAAGGGGUCGUGAGAACUCUCGUUCGGCCGAGAAGCGAGCCGCCCAGGCGGCAAUGGAAGCAAAUGUGCCGCCGGCCAGGCUGUUCCUCCGCUCCACGUCUCGGGGCCUGCGACGAGCCAUCGACAUCUACAUGCCGCGCUUUGAGCCUGAAGAGGAGAGCCUAUCCGAGGAAGAGGCCGAGUCGGUGGACAGCAUGCACGUUCAACCGCCGUCCCCCUCAGUGGGGGGGAGCGUGGUCAGUGAGGAACCCGCUGAGCCCAACCCGGAGGAGCCUGGCCAGGCAGAGGAGCCACCGUACACUGGAUUCUGUCGCCAUUGUCGCCAUAUUGGCAGCUAUAACACAGAUAGCGAUAGACGCGCCAUUUUAAUGGCUCGUCGCAUCUUCCAGAACAUAGAUCUAUUUAACGACCACGUGCUGCAGCACUUCAUCCAGAUGGAUUUCUACAGAGACUGAAAUGCCCAAAUGAUCACCAGCUUUUAACAUCUGCAUCCAAUUACACUGAACCUACUUUGAGGGGGCGGAAUUCUCACAAAUCAACGCAGACACAUAUUUCCAAGUUGUGGCUUUCGGGAGCAUUCAAGAAAAUGUCAACGAUGAUGUCGGACGCCAGCAAGAGAAGUAGUUGGACAACUGUUCACAUGGUGUAGGUUUCCUGGUCCCAAAUUAUGUAUUUUUGAUCGGUAUCCGUGGCCACAACUUCAUUUGUGCAACAGACUUUUUAAAAUUGUUAAAAGAUUCGUUGGUACCUUCAAAAACAUACAUA